AUGAGGCUUCUAAUGUCUUCUUCAGAUCAACAUGAUGGUGAAAUGAAGAAAUUUUCUAAUUGGAUACUUGAUGUUAGAAAUAGAAAUAUUGGUUCUACUAUUGGUGAUGAGUCAAAAGUUGAAAUUUCAGAUGAUCUGCUGAUUACAACUACUAAUGAUCCUCUCUCUCAUUUGGUAGACUUUGCAUAUCCAAAUUUGUUGCAAAAUAUAUGUCAUAUUACAGGGAUGAAAAAUGAGUAUCUAAGUUCUGACACAACAUCUCAAGUUGAUGAGAAUGAAGAUGUACAACAAGAGUGGUUCAUACCAGAGUUCCUAAAUGACAUCAAAUGUUCGAGACUAUCCAACCACAAAUUGACUUUGAAGCCAGGAGUUGCUGUAAUGCUACUGCGAAACAUAGACUAG